GCCCACAAAAAAUUUGGCCUAGGACUUAGUCAAAGCUGGGCUGAAUGUGGCCCCGUUGGAAGGCUAAAUGGCCAAAUGUGGCCUUCUAAAUUUGGCCAAAAUUUUGUUUAACCCAUAACUGGAGAUGCAUUUCGCAUUAUUUUAGGGCUAUAUAGCUGGAGAUGGCCUUAAAGCCUAUGGCCAUUUCCUUGGGCCCCCAAUGGCUUUAUAGCGUUCUGUCUGGACAAAGCUUUCAAGGCCAAUUUUAUUUUCUUUAUUUUUUUUCUUUUAACCCAACCCAACGCAACACUCAUCCAAUUCAGCUCUAACUCCACAAGCGUAACGGUUUUAACUACCCCUCCACGUGCCAUCUUGCCAUGGCGAUUUUAUAGAUUUCCAGAGCACAAACUUCAGUUUUCAGAGAACAAUCUGGCUUUCUCUAAUUACAGUCUCAACUUAGUUACCCAUCUUUCUCUUGGGUCCUUCUUCUUCAACCUUCUACAGCAAUUUCAUCCUUUGAAUUUCUUCAUUUUCCCUCUUUUUUUGAUUUUUUUAUAAAAAUUUUAAUUUUAUUUUAGCAUCUGAGUAAUCCAUUGACGAAGACCCAUUUCAUAUUUUCAUGAUUUUGACACAGUCACCAUUGAGUUUCAUCCAAAAAGAUUCAAAGAAAGUGACUUGUGACUAUAAUAUUGUUUGUGUUGAGAAAAAAAACAGGAACUUUCUUUUGUUUUCUCUUUCUUUCUCUUUCUGUCCAAGAAAAUGGCAACUCUGGGUUCAGGGGUUCUGGUGAAGCUUGUUGAAGAAAUGGGAAGUUCCGGAAAGGCCUUGAACGACCGAAAGCCAGUGUUACUACAAAUCAGAAGCAUCAUUCCUGUGUUGGCAGAGGAUGAUCUUUGGCCUAAUCAGGGGUUUUACUUGAAGGUUUCAGAUUCUUCACAUGCCAUGUUUGUGUCGUUGCUUCAAGAACAGGAUGACAUGGUUCUUUGCAACCAACUGCAACUUGGGCAGUUGAUAUUUGUAGAAAAAUUGGAGGCAGCACACCCGGUGCCAGUGCUUAAAGGUAUAAGGCCUCUCCCGGGUCGAUUUCCCUGUGUUGGAAAUCCUGCAGAUCUUUUUGCCAUAGAUAAGUUGGUGAAUUCUAAAGGGGCAUCUGAUUUAGUUAUGGAGAAGGAUAGAGGUGUGGAGAAGAAGCCUCGGGGCAGAUAUCGAUCUUUAAGUGCCUCCAAGUCCUGCCCAAGUGAGAAGAAAAGGGCCUCUAGGCCUGGAAAUUGUGAUGCGGGUGAGAGGGAAAUGCGUGUUGUGACAAGGGGGUUUAGAAAAAUAAGCUCUAGUUUUGUAGAGAAAGAUAGUGAUUCUGAUAGCACAUUGUCUUCUUCUUCGUCUGUGCUGACAGUGAAGAGAAAGAGCUGGAAUGGGGCAGAACAAGUUGCAGACUCCCUAGUUGUCAAGCAUGGGAUGAAGCCAACUGGUCGACGUAGCUGCAGUGCUCAUGCUUCACCAGUUCGUUCUGCUAAGUGUCACAGUUCAGAUGACAAGUCAAGUCCCAAAACAAGAAGAAUUAGUGAUGAUAUAGCUAAGAAAUCUGUUAAAAAUUCCAACAGUAGGAUCUCCGUCCCAGCGAAAAAUUGUGAGCAGUCCUUAGAUCCGCCAUUGAUGUUUAAUCAGGCUAAUGAUAAUAAAUGGUCAGGAAGUAAGAUAGUGUGGAACUCCCUCCCCCCAACACUAGUGAAACUUGGCAAGGAGGUACGAAGACACAGGGAUGUUGCUGUGCUUGCUGCAGUGGAGGCUUUGCAAGAGGCUUCUGCGGCUGAGAGUUUGCUCAAAUGUCUAAGCACAUACUCAGAACUCCAGUCAGCCAAGAGGGAGGAACAGCUGCCAUCAGUAGACAAAUUUUUUGACCUACAAGAUGACCUGGCUCGAACUCGAUUGAUUGUUCAGUCCUUGACCAACAUUAGUCCUCUAAAAGCUAAUGAAAAAAAUCCAAGCAGCCCUGCUUCCACUGGGGAAGCAUUGGUACUUGCACUGGACCGAAAGAAAAAUGCAACUUCAUGGAUCAAAACAGCUUUGGCAGCUGAUCUUAUUACCCCACCUUCUGGCCCUGGUAGUGUUUCAAUGGAGGUUAAACACAAAUCUCAUAAAUCAAGUAAAACUCAUGGUGAUGGUAAACCAAAGGGUACAUGUAUAGUUAAAAUCAAGCAUAAAAGUGAUGCUCAUUUUGGAUUGGCCAUAGAGAAGGAAAAUUCACAAGAUUGGGUAAAGGGAAGUGCUUUAUCUGCAGCUGCAGACCUGGAAAACUGCUUGCAUGAUGAAUGUAGAAAAUGGUUUUUGGCUGCCUUUGAGAGUUACUUGGAUGAAGUCAAGAGCAUAACUGUUUCCAUGGAAUCAGACAACCAUGUAGCUGAAAUGAUGUGCCAGAUUAAGAAGGUUGGUGACUGGUUAGAUGUGAUUGUCAACAAAGAUGAUUCUGAAUUGGAAGCUUGUGUGAGGAUCAAAAACAAGAUCUAUGGGGUGCUUUUAAAGCAUGUGGAGAGAACUGCCAUGGUUUUAGAACACAUGAAUGCAAUGAUUGAACACCAGCAACAAUGAAUUAUACUAGUUCACUUAAAAUUUCCUUCAAAUCAGCACCAAAACAGAAAAUCCUUAAAAUCCCGAGUGAAAUAAUGUGCAUUUAUAUGUAUAUUGUGGUUCACUGCACAGAUUUAAGCAGUUACAUAUUUUCUUUAACCAAUGCCUGCAAAUCCAAAAGGA